AGAUCUUUUGCGAGCGAGGCGAGCUACGCUCCGCCCACCGCAGCCGAACAUCCUUGUCGCGAGCGGAGCGAGCAGGAUAUCACUUGAAGAUGGUCGAUGGUCGUUGACGGUUGAUGGCUGUGGAUGACACUCACCCCAUCUUCCUCUCUCAUACAGGCCUGGUGCGACGCGAUCGACUUGGAUCGAAAGGAGCUGACGUGCAUGCCAGCCUUACCCGACAUGCAACCCUUCAAACUGCGCUACGACAAACUCGUUAUCGCGGUUGGAGCCUACAGCAACACGUUCGGGAUCCCCGGCGUAGAGCAGCACGGAUUCUUUCUGAAAGAGAUCUCGCACGCGCAAAAGAUCCGGGCAAAGAUCAUUGAGUGUUUCGAGAUGGCGAGCGAGCCGAACACGCCGGACGAUGUGAAGUGGAGGUUGUUGAGUUUUGCGGUGGUGGGGGGUGGGCCGACGGGGGUGGAGUUUAGUGCUGAGUUGCAUGAUUUUAUCAAAGACGACUUGAGCCGCCUCUACCCAACCCUAAUGGACAAAGUAACCCUCACAGUCUACGACGUCGGCUCCAAGAUCCUCUCGACCUUCGACGCGUCCCUCGCCGACUACGCAGCCCGCAAGUUUGCGCGCGAAGGGAUCAAGAUCCGGACGAAAACCUACAUCAAGCGCGUCGAAAAGAACAAACUCAUUCUCGCAGAUGGGUCCGAGGAACCGUUUGGCGUGCUGGUGUGGUCCACGGGACUGACGGCGACGCCGCUGAUUAGGGAGUUGGGGGCUGCGAGGAGUAGGGAUAAUCGGCUGGUGGUGGAUGAGUAUUUGAGGGUUUUGAGGAGGGUGCAUGACAGCGGUGCAGCAGCAGAAGCGCCGCAUGCCGACACACCUGCGGCCGCUACGACAACAAAGGACAAGCCCGCCCCUAUCUCCGACUCACCGGCCGCUAGCACAUCAAAGGACAAGCCCGCCACCAUCGCAGCGAAGGACGCACCGUCACCGCCCACUGCCUCACGAGACGUAUACACCCCAAUCCCCUCCGUCUACGCCCUUGGCGACUGCGCCUCCCUCCUCCACCUCUCCCUCCCCGCCACCGCCCAAGUCGCCUCCCAACAAGGCACCUACCUCCGCAAACACCUCAACAAGCUCCCCACCCUUCCCGCCCCCACGUCCCCAACCUACACCUCCUCCUUCUCCGCGCUGCCCAAAUUCGAGUACAGCCAUAUGGGAAGCAUGGUGUAUGUCGGCGGGUGGAAGGCGAUUAUGGACGCGACGAGUUCGCCGACGGAUACGCAUCCGGCGACGACGGGCGAGAAGGGGACGCAGGCGCCGAGUAGGUUGCCCAGGGCGUUACGAGGGAGGUUGGCGUGGUUUGUGUGGCGGUCGGCGUAUCUUGUCAAGAGCGUGAGUUUGAGGAAUAUGGUGCUUAUUCCGGCGUCGUGGCUCUUCAGUUUCUUGUUCGGUCGUGAUACGAGUAGGUUCUAGGUCUAGCUGGGGUUUGGCUUACUUCUUUGUCGUUGUGUGCUGUACAUACGCUAUAUAAUAAGAGAGUUGUCUUUUGACAUGGCAAAUUUUGAAAACAAGG